AUGGCGACAGCAACCACAAGUCGACCCAGCGGCCCGGUGCUCUCCAUACCCACCUACCGCUCCGCCUCGCCCACCCGCGUCAAGCUCGCCAACGGCGCCACCCGCUCGCCGGGCAAGUCCGUCAGCGUCUCCUCCCCGUCAUCCACCAGGAGCCGGCGGUCCUGCAUGUGCUCCUCGACGAACCACCCGGGCUCGUUCCGUUGCAGCCUCCACAAGGAGCGCAAGCAGGAGGGGGCCCCCGCCGGGAGCAGCAAGCCCGCCUCCCCGCCGUCCGUCCGCAGCGCCUGCAGUCUGGGCUCGAAGCGCAUGGACAGCGGGCAGUGUGCCCGCAGAGCGCUCGCGCCGUCCCCCGCCGCACAGCACCGGAGGCGCGCGGGCGGGUUCCGCCCCAGGCCGAGCCGGCUCUCCGCCGUCUCCGUGGCCGGCGAGCGUCCCAGCGACAACUGCCAGUAA